AUGAAGCAGCGGUGGAUCCUCAAGCGUACCUGCUGGACACGGCCGGCACUCAAGGAACACCACAAGCAGGAGCGAAUCAACCACAAGUUUUUCACGUCAGACCUAGGUAACGAGAGCCAUAAUGAAUUGUUUAACGUCGUCCACGUGGCCGAAAAUUGGUUCUAUAUCACGAAGAUUCGUCGUCCUUUCUACAUGUGGACCGACGAGGAAAAGCCUUCAAGACGUCAACUCCAAGGAGUGUCGCACAUCACCAAGGCCACGCCAUGGGUGGGACGGCAAGGUGGGAUGCUGGCCGUUCUUGCGCUCCACGGCAGCGAAGAGGACUGUGUCAAUCGACCGGCGGGGACUAUUGUCUACAAGCCUGUGUCAGUCACAAGAGAUGUUUAUCGGUCAUACCUCGUCGACAAGGUCAUUCCCGCACUCAAGCAAAAAUGGCGCCCCUUCAGUUACGAUGCCCCGCCGACGACCUUCGUGCAACAAGACAACGCCAAGUCUCACGUCGCGCCGGACGAUGUUUCCGUGGUCAGCUCUUGCAUGUCGGGUGGUUGGGAUAUCAGGGUGCUCAACCAGCCGGCCCAAUCGCCCGACAUGAACGUUCUUGACCUCGGCUUUUUCAACUCUAUUCAAGCACUUCAGCAACGAAUAGAGUGCUCGUCUAUUGAAGACCUGGUGUGCACCGUCGAGCAGUCGUUUGAAGACUUGGCGCCGUCGACGCUGGACAAGACUUUUGGGACUCUGCUUCGUGUGUGUUCCAAGCGUGCCUAG